UCCACAAGUUUACAACCAACCAACUCAAAAACCACGUCAUCACUUGUCGACUACAAUCAAUACAACCCGACGUCUCAUAACAUAAACCAGAACCAAACUCAAAACACACCAAAUCUUAUAGCGUCCAACAAGCCUGUUUUGAAAACUUGACAAAACUCAUCAUCGAUAGCGUCUAGUGUCUUUUUUUUAAUAAAAAAAACAACGUUUUUAGUCAACCCGCUUAUAUAAAAUUUUGCAUUGCCCACAUUUCACUACUCAAACCGCAUAGUUCGUUAGAAUAACAAGAUGGAUUUAAGAGUAGGUAAGAAGUAUCGGAUUGGUCGUAAGAUUGGUUCAGGUUCAUUUGGGGAUAUUUAUUUAGGUACCAAUAUUAUUUCAGGGGAAGAAGUUGCCAUCAAAUUAGAAAACAUCAAGGCUAAACAUCCUCAAUUAGAAUAUGAAGCUAAGGUCUAUAAAGCAUUAAGCGGAGGUGUCGGUAUUCCAUUUGUUAGAUGGUACGGUACCGAAUGCGAUUAUAAUGCUAUGGUUAUUGACUUGUUGGGUCCUUCUUUGGAAGAUCUUUUCAAUUACUGUAAUCGUAAAUUCACAUACAAGACCGUAUUGUUAUUGGCCGAUCAAUUAAUUUGUCGUAUCGAGUAUAUUCAUGCUAGAUGUUUUAUUCAUCGAGAUAUCAAACCGGAUAAUUUUUUGAUGGGAAUUGGUAGAAGAGGUUCACAAGUUAAUGUUAUUGAUUUUGGAUUGGCUAAGAAAUAUAGAGAUCCAAGAACUCAUUUGCACAUUCCUUAUAGAGAAAACAAGAAUUUAACCGGUACUGCAAGAUAUGCUAGUGUCAACACCCAUUUAGGUAUUGAACAAAGUAGAAGAGAUGAUUUAGAAAGUUUGGGUUAUGUUUUGAUUUAUUUCUGCCGUGGUUCAUUGCCAUGGCAAGGUUUAAAGGCUGCUACCAAAAGACAAAAGUAUGAUCGUAUUAUGGAGAAGAAAAUGACUACUCCUAACAAUAUCUUGUGUAAGGGAUUACCUACUGAAUUCUUGGAUUAUAUGAAUUAUAUCAAGACUCUUAGAUUCGAUGAUAAGCCAGAUUAUCCUUAUUUGAGAAAGUUGUUUAGAGAUUUGUUCAAAAAGGAAAACUACCGUUACGACUAUGUAUUUGAUUGGACUUUGUAUAAGUUCCAAAAGGAAAAACAAAGAGCGCAAGGCCAAGUAACUGAAGGGGAACAACAACAAGAUCAACAACAACAACAACAACAACAGCUGCAACAACAGCAAACACAACCUCAGCAAGCACAAAUUCCACCACCUGCUCCUCAAAUACAACCUCAAGACCAAAUUUCAACCCAACAACGUCUUCAAAAACAACGAGCAUUAUUGCAGCAGCAACAGAAGCUCACAGGAGAAGGUGGUAAUUACCAAGCUUAUACAGGAUAUCAACAACAGGAAAAGCCCAAGGUUGUUCAAGCUCCACAACAGCAACAACCACAACAAGGUAACCCAGCAUGGCUUUAAAAUAAUACUUAAUUCUACUAGUUUUUUUUUUAUGUUUUUCACAGGGAGGAAAGAGCAAUUUGGUUCCAUACAAUGUUUUCACAGUGUCACUAUAUGUUUUUUUAUUGUUUCUGUUUAUUCUUUUUACCUUGCAUACUAUAGGUUUUAACUUAAUACAUUAUCUAUAAAAGUCAAAGAGAGAGAGAGAAAGAUACAAGAAGGAUUAUUGUUUUGGAUCUUCCUUAGAUGGUACCUGCUGCUCGGUAGACUUGUUGGUGUAAUUCUUUAUGAAGUCAAAUACACUAGUUCCAUCCGGUCUUUCUUCAUCAGAGUUUGAUUUGAAAGUAUCGAUAUAACCAAAGAAUCCAUAGAAUACAUUUUCUUUAUGUUCUUCUGCGUAUAUCUUAUCAUAAAUAUAUUUCAUUUUAAAAGCUUCCAUUUCUUCAUCAAAUUUAGUGAAAUCGAUUGGAUCGUAGUCCAAUUUUUGUAAAGUUUGGUUGUAAGCUUCAUACACUGGAUUUUCCAAUAACAAUCCCAAGGCAGGAGCCUUUGGAAUAUUAAUCUUUUUAUUACCAAAGAAGUCUUGAAUGAUAUUGACAGGACACCCGAUUCUAACUACCAUGGUAGCCAUAGCGAUCAUCUUUCUGAUUUGAUGCAACAUGAAUGAUUGACCAUGGAUUUUGAUAGAUACCCAUUCAGUACCUUCAAUUACAAAUGGGUCAGAAACAGUGGUUGUCUUCAUGAAUCUUGAUGCACUUGGAUCCUUGAAAUGUUUACCAAUGGUGAAGUUAUGGAAGUUGUGGGUACCUUCAUAUUGCUUCAUGGCUUCGCGGAACUGGUUAAGACGUUCAGUAGAGAUCUUGAAAGAUCUUCUUGAUUGGUUUUCAAUAGCCUUAACUUGUUUUACGAGCUUACCAAAUUCGGUAAGUUCACCGUCUUCGAACACCACCGGUUUAUCCGUUGCAUCCUCAGAUUCUGGGCCUGUUGAUUCAAUGGUAGUUCCAAUUGAGUCUAAUUGUUCUUGAGUAAUACCUGCAUCCAAGAUCUUUUGAUGGGUUUCUUCCCACCACUUGGCACCUUCUGGAUCAUCGUGGAACAAAUCUGGACACUUUGCACGUUUUUCUUCAAGUAAGUCACUCAACACAGUGUUUUUCUUUGGUGGUAACAAGGAAUAAGUUGGUAAUAAAUAUUCGUAAAUUCUUGAACUACACAACUUACGACAAUCGAAUCCCUUGGUAGUUCUUUGAAUACCCCAAACUCUGAUUUGAUCAGGUAAAUGUUCAUUGAUCUUCUUGACGAUAUCAGGAUCUUCAAUAAUCAAUUUUAAAGAAACAACGUUACCGGCAGCAUGAACACCUUUAUCAGUUCUUGCAGCUCUCAUGAAACCAGAUUUCUUCAUAUCUUCAGCGUUUUCACGAGAAAUAGCGCCCGCUUUACCAAAGGCAUCAUAAAGAUCACGUUCAAUCGUCUUGAUAGUUGGAUCAUUUUGUAAUUGCAUACCAUUGUACCCAGUACCACAAUACCCAAUCAUUACGGCACAUUUACGUUUAGGUUUACGCUCUGAUUUGAUAGGGUUUCCAUGUUCGUCUAAAGGAAAUUCAUAGUUGUUUCCAUCCUCAUAUUCCUUCUUACGUCUUUCGACACCAAGUUGUUUUCUAGUUCUCUUGGCCUCACUCUCGAUCCGAUCGCCAGUACGAGUACGGGUCCAUUUACUCUUUUGGUCGCGUUUAUAUACCGAAUCAUCUACUUGAUCGUCGUAGUGGAUGGUCUCCGACUUCUGCUGGUUUUCUGCUUCAGACAUUCGAGUGAGUUUGUUGUUGAGAAGCUUAAUUAUCGGUGAUUCUGGUCCUCACUAUUGCAAAAGAUUUUUCGGCCCUCAUCGCACAACUACCU